AUGUCUUCUAUAAGCUCUGCGAGAGUUGGAAAAUCCCACAAGAAAAUCACUAACAAAUAUUUGAGUGAUCUAAAGAAGAAAUUAUCAGCUUCAAACAAGAAAAAAGAGACUAAGCAGAUUCUCAACCCAGAGCCUGCUUCGGAUUCUGAAGAUGGUGGAAAGGAUGCAAGCCAUGACGAUGAUGAAGAGAAACAAAUUGAGAAGAAAAAACAAGAACAAGAAGAAGAAAAUUUGAAGAAGUCGUUCAGAGAUUUCGGUUUAAAAGAUGAUAUAUUAGAAGCAAUUGAACAGUUGAACUUCGAUAAGCCAACUCCCAUUCAGGCACAAUCCUUAGGCCCCGCUCUUGAAGGUAGGGAUAUCAUUGGUAUUGCUCAGACAGGUUCAGGUAAAACUGCCGCAUUUGCCAUUCCCAUCUUGCAAGCUUUAUGGGAGGCUCAAACUCCAUAUUUCGCAUGUGUCCUAGCACCUACCAGAGAAUUGGCAUACCAAAUCAGAGAAACGUUUGAUGCUUUGGGCUCAAACAUGGGUCUACGAUGCUGUACAAUUGUUGGAGGUAUGGACAUGAUGGAGCAAGCUAGAGAAUUAAUGAGAAAACCUCAUGUUAUCGUGGCCACACCCGGAAGAUUGAUGGAUCAUCUAGAAAACACCAAAGGUUUCUCACUAAGAGCUUUGAAGUUUUUGGUUAUGGAUGAAGCAGACAGAUUGCUAGAGCUAGAAUUUGGUCCUGUUCUUGACAAAAUUUUACAAAUUAUCCCAAGGAAGAGAACAACGUAUUUGUUUUCCGCUACAUUAACCUCCAAAAUCGAUAAACUUCAAAGGGCAUCUUUGCAUAACCCUGUCAAGGUUGCGGUAAACAGCAAAUACUCCACUGUCGAAACUUUAAUUCAGACUUUAAUGGUUGUCCCAGAUGGUUUCAAAAACACUUUUCUCAUUUACCUUUUGAACGAGUAUGUGGGAAAGUCUGUCAUCAUAUUCACAAGAACAUGCGCACAUGCUCAAAACAUAUCUCUUUUGGGAAGAAUCCUUGGCUUUUCAGCAAUUCCUCUACAUGGCCAAUUGUCACAAGCUCAAAGAUUAGGUGCGUUGAAUAAAUUUAAGUCGGGAGACAAGAGUAUAUUGGUUGCCACUGAUGUUGCUGCUAGAGGACUAGAUAUUCCAUCUGUGGAUCUAGUCAUAAAUUACGAUAUACCUACAGACUCAAAAGCAUACAUUCAUCGUGUAGGUAGAACUGCCAGAGCAGGGCGGUCAGGCAAAUCUGUUUCGUUAGUGACCCAGUAUGAUUUGGAGCUGAUUUUGAGAAUUGAAAAGGUUAUUAAUAUGAAGCUUCCAAAAGAAGUUCCCAAUAAAAACGAGAUCCUUGCUUUGCACGACUCUGUUGACAGAGCUUCUGCCGAAUCUAUUCGCCAAGUUAAACAGUUCCACAGUAACAGAAAAAUACGUAGGGGUAAUUAG